CCGGUGUGUUGAUGUCACGCUGAUGACAUAUGUAGCUAGUUUAAGGCUAGCCGUGUCAAACUCACAACCAUCCUAGCUUUCGAGACCAGUGUCACUGUUAUUUAGUUUCUUUUCAUCAUUUCAAAGUUUUAAUCAUGAUGCAAUUCAUACUUGGAUUCACUCUGGGGAACGUGGUUGGCAUGUAUCUGGCACAGAAUUACGAGGUACCCAAUAUUUCAAAGAAAAUCGAGGCCUUUAAGAAGGACGUGGAGGCCAAGAAGAAACCCCCAGAAUGAGGGACGGGAGACCAGCCCUGUGUGGAAAUAUGGCUAAUUAAACAGCUUGCAGUGUGAUGCAGUUCUUGGGUUUCCUGUAUUUAUGGAGAAACAUGUUUGCAGUGCAAAUAGGAACUGCACAUAAUAAUCAGUUAUUCAAAAUAAAUUACUGCAAUGUUUCAUAAAGGCUACUUAAUAUUAUGCAAUAAAGGUGUGAGAUUAUAUACUAAUAAAAUGCCUUGUUUUAAGUU